CCAUCUCAACAUUCUUCGAAGAACGUCUUGAGUUAUAAGGGUUGUGAAUUUGGAGAACAAGAACAAAACGAAAUAUCAAACAAAGCAAGUAACAGUCGAAAGACUGUAAGAAGUGAUCGAAGAUGGUGGCUAAGCUUUCUUCAAUCAAGAUGGAGGUCCCAUUGUUUAAGAACAAUACGGUCAGGGAAUUUGCGAAGUGGUGGCCACUGUUUCAAGCGUAUGCAGUUCAGAAAGAAUUUGCCGAAGUAAUCCAGCAAACCAAAUGUAAGGAUCUGCCGGAAACGGAGCUUCCUCGGAAGAUAAAGCCAGAUGGGGUUGAGGAUGAUAUCGACGGAACACUCGAAGUGCAUACGGAUGAACAGUGCAAAGCACUACUGAAGAACAAGAUGGGCAUUGCAGCUUUUACAAUCGCAUUCGCGAGGAAUGUGAAUGAAGACUGCCAAGCCAUGGUUACAGACUCUAAAGAUGACAGAUACUGGCCGACGGGACAGUGCCACAUGGUGGUGCAAGAAUUGCUGGAUGAAUUUGCAGCUGAUGACGAGAUGGGAAUGAUCAGACAGCGAGUUGAACUGUAUUCAAUCUCAAUGAGGAAGAACGACAACCCCAAAACACUCUUCUCUCAGAUAACUUCAAUCGAGCAAAAGUACAAAGGGAGAACAACACCUCUCACGGUGGAGGACAAGCGGGCGGCAAUCCUAAUGCGGGCUCCAAAGAUGUAUCAAGCUGUGAUUCAAACAGAACGAACCACUGAAAGGAAGAUUCAUGGCCGGGAGCCAACACUGAAAGCAUUGCGACGAGCUAUGUAUGAUCAUUAUAAAAGUAUACAGAUCAAUCAGGCGAACAAUCUUUUGCAGGAACUGACGUUGUAUUCAGCUGCGGGUGAAGAAGAAGAUAGCAGCGACGAAGACAUAGGAAACCUCCACUCACGGAAGAAGAAGAAAGGGAGGAAAGGAACAAAGGUGUCAGGUCAACAGAGAAGAAAGAAGGCAACGGGUAACGAAAACAAGAGCUGUUACGGUUGCGGAGAGAAGGGACAUAUCAAGCGAGACUGUCCUUAUGAGAACCCGUGUGGAUAUUGCGGAGUCAAGGGACACACAGAGGAACAGUGUUGGAAGAAACAUCCAGAGAAGAGGCCCAAGAAAUUCAGAAAGGGCGCCAAGAACAACAACGAUGUAGCAGGGAUCGUGGUCGAUGAGGAACUUACCUUCACCGUAAUGGACGAUGGGGAUCUAAUGAAUGAAUCCCCAUGGUGGAGCAGUAACUGCUCAGCAAACUAUGCGAGUGUAAACACGGUAUACAGUAACGCCGUAUGCGGUACGAGGAAGAUAAAUAAUGAGCGUAUGCAGGCUCGUAGGCCCACGUACACGGGAAACGCAGGCCACGGAAACCACGCUCAACGGUCGUUCCGCGAUACACAACGGAGACGCAACGAUCGCAAAAGAAGAAGACAUACAGGCAAGUAUGGAAAUCAACGGUUGAAAACACGGGGGUGGCCGCGGGCGCCCGCUUAUACCUAUGCCAGGACCUGGCGGGUGCGUGAAACCUGGAACGGGCACAAGAAAGUAGCAAGCUGGACGAUCAUGUCAGAACAAUACAAUCAGCCUGGGCGCGAGCAAGGAUCUAAGCCAGUGCGAACAGAGCACUAUGUAGAGAACACAUUUAAGUCCCGUGAACGACCCAAGCACGUGGUAAUCAGGGACUUACGCGCGGCUCAGCAAGCGGCAGACAGAACCGCUGCGCGAAACACACGUACAAUUAAGGGCCUCCAUAGCGAGCUCGCGCGACUAGAGCAUAGAGAUGAGGCAUUAAGACAGAGAAAUGACGCGGAAGCCGCGCUCAUUACCGUAGAAAAUGAGACCAGCUUAUCUAGUGCCACCGGGACUGAAGUGCUUUAUACUCCAAUCAUAUGGAUAGCUGACACAGGAGCGUCAUGUCACGUAACCAACAGUACUGCGGGAGGCGUACCUUCAGUGAACGCUAAAGAACGCCUAAAGACCCUACGGCACUCACUAGACGCUAGUGGGAACCGCAUGCAUACUAACGCUAUACUGGAUAUCAAAGGAGCAGUGCAAACUAAAGAUGGUGAGACAAUCAAUGUAGUACUUAAAGACUGUCGAUACGGAGCAUCCAAGUUCAAUCUCUGCUCGAUCACCAAGUUGACGGACAGCGGGUGGUUUAUGCGUGGAGACGCGAAAGGAAUCCACCUGACUAAAGGCGAGCAGAGGAUUGAUUUUGAUAUACCAAUCAAAACACAAGAAGGUAAGCUUUGGGCUGCCAGAAUAGAACGUAGAAGCCCCAAUGACGGACCAAACGAACUAACACUGGCUACGCCCACUGUCAUGAGCCUCGAAAAGGCUCAUCAGUUUUGUGGGCACAGCGGUAUUAGAGAAACGAUCAAAACGGCCAAAUACCUUGGAUGGAAGCUUACACGGAAAGAAUAUCAACGGUGUGAGCCUUGUGCGGUCGCAAAAGCAAGGCAAGCCAAUUUGGAACAAGGGGAAACCAGAGAACCCAAACAAAUUGGAGAGUUGUACUACAUCGAUGGAAUGAAAUUAAAGCGUCCGAAGAGGCCAGAGGCCCGAGUGUAUUUCCCUGCUAAUAACUGUUUGGUCAUGGCAGUCGAACAUAAGACAGGAGCGUCAUUCACGGGCUGGUACGAUAAGAAGAACGGGUUCAUCGAUGAUUUCUGUUCUUAUUUCGCCAGACAAGCUGAGAACGGCAAAGCAGUGCGACGAAUGCGUUGUGAUGAUGCCGGAGAGAAUAAGCUGUUGCAAAAGAAAGUCAAUGGCAAGCACUGGAGACUGAAUGUGCAGUUCGAAUAUACGGCAAAGACCCCACAAAGGAAUUCAAGAGUGGAGACCAAACUGUUCCACAUGAGCAAUAAAACGAGGGCAGCAUUAGAGGAUGCCAAUGUGCCGGAUCAGUUUCGAUAUAUCUUGUUUGCAUUGUUUUACAAGUGGUGUUGCCAAACAGAUAUGCUUACUGUAGUGGAAGUCGACGGAGUAACUAAAACAAGACACGAGCAUCUAUACGGGAAGCUGCCGGGCUGGGUUGAUCACAUGCAAGUGGCAGGAAUGGCGGGAGUAGUGAAGACUCACACGAGAACAACCCCCAAAGUAAAUGCCAGAGGAAAGACGUGUUUGUUUGUGUGUUAUGCUACCGAUCAUGCAAAAGAUUGCUAUGUAAUGUAUGAUCCAGGGACCAGGAGAACUCUUCAUUCACGAGAUGUACUGUGGUUGAACCGCAUGUACUUUCCAAGCCGACCACGGCCAGGGGCCGAAGUAACUGUGGAGGGCAUCAGUUUGCCAGCCGGAGAGACAGAAAUUUGCGACGAUGAGACCCAAGAGGAUGGUACAGUUGUGAGUAUUGAUUCCGACUCAUCCAGCGAGCCGGAGACCGAGACCCAGGACCAGGAGGAAUCGCAAGGGUCUUCAGUAAUUAUGUUUGAAGAUGAGGAUGAACACUUGUUCGAUAUGCAUGAGCAAACGAAUAGCGAUGAAGGAAGCAGGGACUCUCAUCGACACGAAGGGAACCAUCGAGUUACCAGGAGCGGACGAGUUGUUCGAGCCCCCAUGCAGCAUGAUGGGACUAGACCUGGGGAGGUUGUGGCCUUGCACAUCGAGGACCAGCUGAUUAAUGAAACAUGUCUGCUGGGUGUGGAGGAGAACAAACAUCUGCAUAAUCAUCACAUGGAUGAGGGGAUGAGAGAGGAAGAAUUUGUACUGUUUAGUUUAAUGAAGGGCGGCAAUAGAACAUACAGCUCUGUUGAGCAUGCAUUUGGGUAUGUAGACACGAGGGGAGACUACCGGCUCGUGGCCGCGGCCCUAGAAGACAAUGUAGGAGAACUGUAUCUUGUGGGAGCCACCGGCCACAAUUAUGGAAACACGGCUGAACUUAAUGUAAUGAAUUAUAAGCAAGCAAUGGCCACUGUAGACAGGAAGGAAUGGGAAAAGGCCAUCAAAGUGGAACAUGAUAAGAUGGUUAAAUACAAUGUGUUUCGAGUCGUGAAACCAAAGGAAAUUCCAAAGGGAACUAAGCUCUUUGAUAGUACAUGGGCCAUGAAGAAGAAACCAGAUGGAACCUUUAGAGCCAGGAAUGCCAUAAGAGGGUUCAUGCAGGUCGAUGGAGAGCAUUAUGACAGUAAUGAUAAAUCCUCACCCGUGGCAACCGAGGUGGGCAUACGAGUAUGCUUUGUUUUGACCAUUGUAGGUGCUUGGUAUCAACACCUUGUCGAUGUAGAGGGAGCCUUCCUAAACGGAGUAUUUCAGCGCCCCGACAAGCAUAAAAUCUUCAUGAAAGUCCCAGAGGCCUACAGGAAAUGGUAUCCGUCCUGGGCAACUUUUCUGCUGUUGAAAACACAGUAUGGCACCGUCCAAGCCGCGUUACAGUAUUACAGGGAGUGUUGCAAAGCCCUCGCAUAUUUAAAGUUCGAAAGGAACGCUGCGGAGCCAUGUGUAUUUUUCAAGUGGAAAGCCAAGCAGCUGGUGGUGUUUGUACUGUGGGUAGAUGACUGCUGUAUAUCCGGACCAAAAGAGCUGGUGUUGCAGGAAGUGAAGGACUUCACGGGACUCUGGGAUUGCAAAGAUCUUGGAGAACUGAAGGAAUAUGUGGGAUGUAGAGUGGAAAGAACAAAGGACUGGAUCCGACUCACUCAGCCGGUUAAGGUUCAGCGAUUCAUCGAUGAGUUCAACUGCAAAGGAAAUAAUGGGCCCAGUCAAAGAGCUCCAUCAACCCCAGCAGAGCCGGGAAGUGUGCUGGAAUUUAACAAGGAAAGCGAGCCAGCGAUAAACAAUAAGAGACAGACGAAGUAUCGAUCUGGCGUGGGGAUCUUGUUGCACAUGAUGCGUUGGAGCAGGCCAGACGUGUUAAACGCAGUAAGGGAACUGUCCUCAUAUAUGACCACCGCUAGUAAAGCCUGUUACAAGGCUCUAAACAGAGUGAUGAAUUUCAUUGUGGCAACCAAGGAGAAAGGCUAUAUGUUCAAGCCAGCAAGUCCGGGAACUUGGGAUGGGCGUAAGAACACCAGAGUCUUCGAGAUCAAAGGACAAUGUGAUUCGGAGUAUGCCAAACACAGCAGUAGGCGAAGCGUAAAUGCGGGAAUCACAUACUUGGAAGGGGCAAUAGUUAAACAGUUCAGUAAAAUGAUGCCGAUUGUGGCAUUAUCAACUACAGAAGCAGAACUGUAUUCAGCUGUACUUACAGCACAAGAUAUGAUGUUCGUGUAUCAUAUAGUGACCAACCUUGGGCUUAAGGUAAGACUGCCAAUGAAACUGUACUGCGACAACAAAGGAGCAGUAGCGUUGGCCAACAAUUGGUCGGUUGGAGGAAGGACCAGACAUGUAGACGUUAAACAGCAUUUCUUAAGGGAACUAAAAGAACGUGGGUUCAUUGAAGUUCUGUGGAGGUCUGGGGCACAGAUGACCCCCGAUAUGCAUACAAAGAAUGUUUCUAAGGCGUUAUUUGAUCAGUACAGUAAGGAACUUGUGAGCUAAUCAAAUAAGGGAAGUGUGUUGGAAACAGUGAUGAUAGAGUGGUCGCCAGGCGUGCUAACGAGCCAGGCGAUGAAUGGAACUAAUUCAGUGUCAUCCAAGUUGAACAAGUAGCAAGGAGCUGGGUUCAACAUGAAGGAUACUGAUAAGGAUGAAUAGACAGCUGGAAGCAUA